AUGGCCGAAUCAAUACCCGAGCAGUCAGCAACUGAAAAGACUGUCUUCGAAACUGCACCAGCGUCACUCAAGGAUGCUCCCUCAGAGGUCGUAGCAGUCGAAAAGGCAGAGCCGCUCCAUACCAAUGGCGUUACUCCCGUACCCGAAGCCGCACCGAUCCAAGAUGCGCUUGUAGCUGCGCCAGUCAAGGACAACGCAACACAAGUGACCACAGAGGAGACGCUCAAUGGCACCUCAGCUCCUACACAAGAUAAAAGCACCGCUGCCCAGCCUGCACCAGUCCAGACGACGACUGGUGAGCCCAAUGGCACCAACGGCGUUUCCGUUAAUGGCACCUCCGCGACCACCGAGGACGACACAGAAAUUCCCCUCUUCUCUCCUACGCUCAUCUCUCCCGAGGUCUCUGCCAUUCUUCCAGAGGGAUAUACUAUGCGACCGCUGCGGCGUAGCGAUUACAACAGAGGUUUCCUCGACACCCUUCGCGUCCUCACAACGGUCGGCAGCCCCUCCUUCAGCACCUUCUCAGACCACUUCGCCCUAAUGGCUUCGAUACCCUCGACAUACCACAUCCUCGUCAUUCUAGACUCCUCCGACCAAAUAGUCGGCACGGGCGCCGUGAUCGUCGAGCGCAAGUUCAUACACAACAUGGGCCUGGUGGGGCACAUCGAGGACAUCGCCGUGGCGAAGAACCAGCAGGGCAAGAAGCUGGGCCUGCGGAUCAUCCAGGCGCUGGACUACGUGGCUGAGAAGGUGGGAUGCUACAAGUGUAUAUUGGACUGCAGUGAGGCCAACGAGGGGUUCUAUGUCAAGUGUGGCUUUAAGCGGGCGGGCUUGGAGAUGGCGCAUUACUACGGGCGGGAUUAA